AUGUUCGUAUCGUCCCUUUUCCCCCCACUUUUGUUCGCCUCUCACUCUUUCUUUCCUCGUUGCUUUUCUUCCUUGUUCGUUGCUUUUUUUUUCUCUCCUCACUUUCAAACCUUUUUCCACUUUUCUCUUUCUCCUCGUUAUAUUUCAGCACACAACACUUUCUUCGAUAAACUCUUUCCGUCUUUCUUUCAGCUCGCUUGCUGCAUGAUCUUAUUUUUUCUUUCUCUCCCUCUCGACAAUUUUGAGAUUUCUUCUUCUUGUCUUAGAUUUUCUCUCUCCUUCAAUGAAUAUGCGUUUUCUUCUACGACUUCUUCAUCACUUCUUUCUCCUACACGUCCCCCCCCCGCUACUCUAUUCUCCUCUCUCUCUCUCUCUCUCUCUCUCUCUCUCUCUCUCUCUCUCUCUCUCUCUCUCAACUCUUUCCUUUCUGUUUCUACUCGUUUAAUUUUGUAUUGUGAAUUUUGA